AAGUGUGACGAGCUCUUUUUCCUCGAGAAAUUGGACAACCUCGUCUCAAACACAACUGCACUUGCAGAGAAGACCCUGAACAACGCCACGAAGAUCGCUGAUCUCCAAGCCAAAGCCUCCAAAGAUGCCUCCAACGCUACCAAGUUUCAAGGUCCCCAGAGCAACACAACCCUGGUAUCUCUAUGCCUCAUCGUCGACGCGCACAAGAAGGAGAAGCCCCAAUGCGAAGAAAUCAAAGGGUUUCAGAAGUUCCUUGCCUUUGCCGACAACUCUACUGCUAUAUCCCACAAGACGAAGAACACAGCUACGAAGAUCGAUGAGGUCAAAGCCAAGUCUUCGAAGGCUACUACUCGCUUGGCAAAAUUGCAGAGCAAUGCAACUCCUGUUUCUGACUGCGCUGCA